UCGCAAAUGCUGAGGGUGGGGUAUAUUUCUUUUACUGUCUAUGGGUAUAUGACAGCAACGACAGCUUCAGAGAAACCACUGGGUGUAUGACUUGGAAAGGCGAUUAAUGCGUUCCACAAGAUAGCAUAAGAGACUGUGGAGGACAUAGUCACCGAGAGGUGGUGCCAGCUUGUCUGUGGGUGUACCUGAGGAAGGCAGUUAGAUAUGGCAGCCAAUAAGAGUAAGGGUCAGAGCUCCCUAACGCUGCACAAGGUCAUUAUGGUGGGCAGUGGAGGCGUAGGAAAGUCUGCUCUUACUCUUCAGUUUAUGUAUGAUGAGUUUGUUGAAGAUUAUGAGCCCACAAAGGCUGACAGCUACAGGAAGAAAGUGGUGUUGGAUGGAGAAGAGGUGCAGAUUGACAUUCUAGAUACAGCUGGGCAAGAAGACUAUGCGGCCAUCCGAGACAAUUAUUUCCGUAGCGGAGAGGGUUUCCUGUUGGUGUUCUCCAUAACAGAGCAUGAGUCCUUCACGGCCACAGCAGAAUUCAGGGAGCAGAUCCUGCGGGUUAAAGCUGAGGAGGAUAAGAUUCCACUGCUUUUGGUUGGAAAUAAGUCGGACCUUGAGGAUCGGAGGCAGGUUUCAGUGGACGAGGCCAGAGGAAAAGCAGAAGAGUGUGGUGUGCAGUAUGUAGAGACUUCUGCCAAGACACGGGCCAAUGUGGACAAGGUAUUUUUUGAUCUAAUGAGGGAAGUCCGUGCUAAAAAGAUGUCAGAAAAUAAGGACAAAAACGGGAAGGGAAAAAAUAAGAAGAAUAAGAAGAGCUUCAAAGAGCGAUGCUGUUUACUUUGAAUCACACUUGGACUUUUCCAAACCAAAUCUACUUGCAACUCUAUGGGGAAACUCCAUCAGAGCCCCUUUUCUUUAUUAAAAUCAUCACUUGAUUAGUAAGGUUUUGUACUGGUCAAGGUAAGCCUUUAUCAUUCCUUUCAUUCCCUUAGUUAAUUUCAAAUAACUAGACUAAGAAUGAAUGGUAUGGAUACUUUUUAAUAGACGAUGACCACUAUAUGGACGACUGUGGCAUUCGUAAAAUGUAUUUGGCCAACAUGUGCCCGACACUAACUUUAUUGCUCUGUAAUUUAUCUUUCCCUGACAGUUGUGAGUAGAAAUCCUCUUUAGUAGGCAAUUUUAGCUCUUUAUUUUUUAUUUCAAGCCUUUUGAGUAUUUUUGUGUUAGGUUUUUUCAAAUCUAACCAUUUUAUUUCAACAUCUGUCGACGCCAUCAAUGCAUUCAGAUCAAGAAAUGUUUUUGUAGAUCAAGUAGUACUGUGGUUUUAGACGCCAUUGAAAAGCACACGUGGUAUUAAGGAUCGGGUGCAGAAGCAUGGGUUAAUAGUGCCACCUGGUGGUUCAUAAAUAUAUAUUUUCAUGAAGUCCUCAUGCCUAACCUCAAGUUACUAAUCUCUGUGAACUGAUCUGCCUUUGUUUUCGUGUUUUAUUGAAAUAUUUUUGUAGGACUUGUUACAUUUCCACCACUGUCUUAUGAGAAGAAUGUAUUCCUUGUGUAAAUGUGCCAACAAGAACCAUGACUAAAACAACCUUGCUGCAUUUUCAGACUAGACAUUUUUAUUGUUUGUUUAGCACUCUGACCUUGGAGCUGUGGUUUCACCAGUAAUUUAAAACUGCUCUUUUAUAUGAAUAUCACCUAACCCAGACUACAAUUUGUAUUUCAGAAGUAAAACUUCAAUCCAUGUUGCCAAAUAAACUUUUUUUCUCCUUUUGUA